AUGUCCAGUGAUAAAAAAAUUUGAUGGGAUGCAGAGUUGAAUGAUAUGUAUGGCUUACUGUAUAGCUUCAGUAUAUCAUUUGCUCUAUUUUCAAUAGCUUCUAGACUUCUUUACUACAUACUUAUAGGAAAUGACUUUUCCAUGUUCCAAUUGUGAUACUUGCCUUUUCACUUUAUAGUAAUAUUAUUAAUCAAGCGAUAUCAAUUCAAAGACUCAGAUUCAAAAGCAGCUAUCGCAGUUAUUGUGGCAGAAAUUUAUAAUAUUGCUUAUAUUUUUACUAAUAUUACGAGUCAGGAACAUUUUGGAAUUUUGCAUUCAUUUUCAAUUUUAUUAUUAACCAAUUUGGAGCUACCAAUGAUUAGAAGCAAAAUUGUUUUUAAUCUUGCAAUUCUCAAGCACAUUUAUAUAUGAUUUUUUCAUCCUCUUAUUUUAGCUAGAAAAUCAAUUUCUCUGACAAUGCUACAGUUUAAUUCACUUUUUGCAAUCAUUCUCAUUUGCAAUGCUGCAAGUAUUUAUAGAAAAAAGAUAUCAUUCGACAAAUAUAUUCUUAUGAAGGAAAUUAACUCAUCUAAAGAAAGAUUUGAAAUUAUCACACAAGCGUUUUCAGAUGGGAUUAUCAUUAUUUCUGAAGAUCAGAAAAAUAUUGAGUUUUUUAAUUCCAAUAUUUUAUCAUUAUUACAGUGCAAUUCAGAUAAUAUCUACCCUGAGCUGAUGAAAUGCCAGUACCUUCCUAAUAGAAAAGUAUCAGAAUUUACAUCUUCAAAUUACCUAAUAGAUGAUGUAAAUCAUAUUUAUAACAAUCCUGCAGAAUCAGAAAUUACACUAGGGAUAACUCUUUCUAAUGAGAUUAAUUUAGAAUGAAAAGCCAGAAAAAUUAUUUGGGAAAAUAAAAAAGCAAUCUUUUUGUCAACUAGAAAUGUAAAUCAAAUAAUCGAGCUAGAAAAAAGCUCUUCUAACGAUCGCAUGAAAACAAUGCUUUUGAGGUCUGUGUCUCAUGACCUUAGAACUCCUCUCAAUGCAAUAAUAUUUUUUACUAAUGAGCUACUAUUGCAAGCAUCAUGAAAAAAUGAAGAAAAAAAUAAAUUGCAGAUUAUUUCUGCUUCUUCAAGGCUCAUGCUAUCACUUGUAGAUGACCUACUUGAUUUUUCAAAAAUAGUCUCCGAUGUAUUUUCAAUCCAUAAAGUGCAUUGCACAGUAAGAAAUAUUAUUUAUGGUGCGUGUGAGUUGAUAAGUUUGCAGGCUAAUAAAAAAAACUUGAAAUUAGAUUGCAGGAUUGACCCAUUAAUUCCAAAUUUUAUAUAUACAGAUCCACUUAGAUUAAGCCAAAUUCUUCUUAAUUUGCUAAGCAAUGCUUUAAAAUUUACUCUUAGAGGAACAAUUGAAAUUUGCUGCGUUUUAAGCUCUAAAAACAAGCUGAAAUGUUAUGUUGAGGAUACUGGAAUUGGAAUGUCUGAGCAACAAAGAAGUAAGUUAUUUACUGAAUACAGUACUUCUUAUAUACCAAGCAUAAACCCUCAAGGCUCAGGAUUGGGCCUUUGGAUUUCAAACUUUUUAGCAAAAGAGCUGGGGAGUCGCCCAAUAAAAGUAGUCUCUACUUUAGGAAAAGGCACCACAUUCAGAUUUUCAAUAGACAUAUUUGAAAAUCCAUUUCCUCCACCAAACUGUGAGAAAUUUAUUCCAAUAGAAUCAGAAAACACUAAAUCAAUCCAUUUAGAGAAAUAUUUGGAGCUUAAGCAUUCAGAAUCAUAUGAUAUACUUAUAGUCGAUGAUAAUGAUUUUAAUAGAAUCGUAUUAGGUUCUAUUUUUUCACAAAACCAAAUAACAUUUGAGGAGGCGUGCAAUGGCGAUGAAGCUGUUAAAAAAGUAGUGUCUUAUGAUAAAAGAGGGAAAAUGUAUAGCGCUGUUAUCAUGGACUGCGAUAUGCCAGUACUUGAUGGAUUUGAGGCUACCAAACUGAUUAGGAAAUUUUAUCAGGACGGAAGCAUUAAAAAACUACCAAAUAUUAUAGGAUAUUCUGCUUAUAGCUCAGAUAAAGAUAGAAUUGCUUGCUCAGAGUGUGGGAUGGUGGAUCAAUUAAUCAAACCUUGUUCACCUGAAAGCAUAAUAAACACUGUCAAAAAGUAUAUGCUAUGCUAA